AUGGGGUUUCAGCAAACUGGCAAGAUGUUUAGAGAGGAGAAGCGUCUCAUCCGCUCUGCUCAUGCCCAUCGCAUCUACAACCGAACGGAGAAAGCUCUGCUAUGUGAACGAAUCCAUGAUAUUCGCAAAGACCUCGCCAAAACAAGUACAUCGUUGUUACGGUUGCAUCUCAGCAUAGCCAAUUCCAUCAGGCCUGCAGACUGGGACACUGUUGAUCGUCUCACUUUCAGUUCCGCUGAGAGGAAAAUGGAAUGUGUAUCAGCCCGACAAAAGAGUAAAUUCAAUACUCUGAACAACACCCAAGCCAUUAGACCUGCCCUGGACAUUUCCCGAGUGGUUGUAAACAAAUCUAACCGAGUCUUGACAACCGCUGAAACGUCAAUUUUGGCCAAAGGCGGCAACUUUGCUAUCAGCAUGAACUCCAUUCCGACGGAGGACAUUAUUGCCAACAUCGAAUCAAGCCUAAGACAACUACCGCAAGCAGAGGCUGAAGAAAUUCGGAGAGAAGCGUCCCGCAUCCUGCACAAAGCCAAGCCACCAAGAAGUAAUGUCAGCAACGCAGAGAGGAAAGCCAUAAAAAGUCUCAAUGAAGACAAAUCGAUUGUUAUCCUACCGGCAGACAAAGGCAACGCUACGACUGUUCUCAACACCGAAGACUACCGAAGAAAGAUUAGGGACCUGUUGGACCCUACGAUCUACGUAAAACUCCGUUGUGACCCUACAUCCAGGAUCCUGAAGAAGACCAACUCACUAAUUAUGAAAUCAACACUACCUGAGAAAACAAAGGAGACAAUUUCAUCAUCUGAAGCGCUCAUCCCCAGAUUAUAUGGAUUGCCAAAAAUCCACAAAGAAGAGUUGCCGUUGAGACCUAUUGUCAGUGCCAUAAACUCUCCUACUCACCUCCUCUCUAAACAUCUUGCCAGUUUGCUGAAACCCCAUGUCGGGGCAACGGAAUCUUUUGUUAGAGAUUCGUCCCACUUCAUAGAGAAGCUCAAAACCUACAGUCUCCAGUCAACAGAUAUCAUGGUGCAAAAAAUUACGAAGGAGUAA